AUGGCGAGGCUCGGAAUAGGUUCUUCGAAACCUCGGAGCUCUCGGAGAGGUAAAAAGAAGAGGAAACCGGAUCCUCCUGGCUCGUCCCUCUCGACUGAAGAAUCGUUGCAAAGAGUGAGGCAACGUUGUAGGAUUUCCGAGCCGGUUGAGUUUGUUGCGCCCGAGCCUUUCGACCGAGCCGAAGAUCUACCGCCAAACCACUUCACGGUUUACGAAUAUUUUUUCGAGCUGUGCUUUCGUGAUCCACUCCCGCCAGUUCCCAAGGAUAUCGCUCAAGCCAAGGAAAUUCUCGCGGCUAGGAAGGUGAACUGGAGAAAGCACUUUUCGUUUGUGAGAGUCGAAAAAGCGAGAGCUUUAUUCGCUGGUACUCCAGUUAGUUACGAUUCGUCUGCUUCUUCGAGAGGGAGAGAGCGAGCCGAGCCCAUGAAGCGUAGACAUCGACUAUGUUUCUGUCCCGAAGAAAGUUGUCGAGAUCCAUUCCGAAGUCUCUGGAAAAGGCGCCACAGCUCGUCCGAGGUCCCUACUGCUGGUGGUGAGGAUCGUGUUAUCGUCAUGGGUUUGCCGAGCCAAUCAAGGCCUGCUUCUUCUACGUUGACGACGCAUAAGGGCGGCUCGAACCGGAAGCGUUCCGCUUCGGAUGGAGAUAAAGGAAAGGGGGUUACCAAGCCAAAGAAGAUGCGUACCAUUUUGCUUGAAGCCGAGCCAAUUUCUGCUCUGAUUGACGAUGCUUCUGCCUCGGCGUCGCUUCUGUCUAAGAUUAACAACAAGGGAAUUCGGCUGCCGCCCGCUGAUUCGCUUAUGAAGGCGAAGUCUUAUGCUAGCAUGUCCCAGCCAGGCACCAAGUUUUUGGCUUCCAUAAACGAGACGAUCACGGGAUACGAAGCAGAUGCUAGCAAGGAUCAACGACGAAUUGACGAGGCGAGGAAGGACGCUGUCACGCUUCAGACAAAAUUGGAUGAGGCCGAGCGGAAAUUUUCCUCUGCCAUGGCUCAGGCUAAAGCUCGGAUCAAAGUUCUCGAGGCGGAGAAGAAUACGUUGAAAGAUGAGUGUGUUAAGGCCACCGAUAUGGCUGUUCGUCUCGAGGAAUCAAGAGCUAAGAAGGAUGCCGAUAUUGCUUUUUUGCAGAGGCAAUUGACCGAGAAAGACGCUCUUCACGAGGCGAACAUCGAGAGAGCGGUAAAAUCUGCAAGGAGGGACCUGACCAAGAAGAUGCGAGGCCGUUUCAGCAGCGCGGAGAAAAACCUCAAGGAUUUGGCCGAUGCGAAGGAAAAUGAGUUGGAUCUUGCGUAG